AUGGAUGCAAUUCCAACGUACAGAGUCAUGGAUAAAGAGGGGAAAGUUCUAGUUCCAGAAGAAGAGCCAAAAGUUACCGAGGAGUUCGCCACAAAGAUCUACAAGGAUAUGGUAACUCUCAAUACGAUGGACCUUAUUUUAUAUGAGGCUCAACGACAAGGUCGGAUAUCCUUUUAUAUGACCAAUUACGGCGAAGAAGCUUUUAUUAGCUGUGGUGCGGCUCUUGAUCCGUCUGACGUCAUCUUUGGACAAUACCGUGAAUCUGGUAUACUUCUCUACCGUGGGUUUACGCUCGAUGAGUUCAUGAGCCAGUGCUACAGUAACGAAAAAGAUCACGGCAAAGGACGACAGAUGCCCGUACACUAUGGUUCAAAGAAACUGAACUUUCAAACGAUAUCUUCACCGCUAGCGACACAGAUACCUCACGCUAGUGGUGCGGCGUAUGCACUAAAGAGGGCAGGGAAAAAGAAUUGUGUGAUGUGUUUCUUUGGUGACGGCGCUGCAAGCGAGGGUGAUUUUCACGCCGCAUUGAAUUUUGCCGCCACUAUGCAGUGUCCAGUCAUCUUCUUCUGCCGUAAUAAUGGUUUCGCGAUAUCUACGCCAGCUGAUGAGCAGUACAAAGGUGACGGAAUAGCAAGUCGCGGUAUAGGUUAUGGUAUCGAUACGAUACGGGUCGAUGGUAAUGACGUCUGGGCAGUGUAUAACGUAACAAAGGCAGCAAGACAGUUAGCCGUUGAUGAACACCGACCAGUACUAAUUGAAGCACUCACCUACCGAGUUGGUCAUCAUAGUACGAGUGAUGAUUCAUCCGCGUAUAGAUCGAAAAAGGAAGCGGAGACAUGGAUGAGAUAUGAUAACCCAAUUACAAGGCUUCGUAAAUGGUUACAUAACAAGGGCUGGUGGAACGAUGAGACAGAAACGAAGUACCGAGCAGAUAUCAGGAAAGAGAUAUUAAAAUCUUUCUCCAAAGCAGAAAAAUUGCAUAAACCGUCUCUCACCGAACUCUUUAAUGAUGUAUAUGAUAAGCCAACACCUAAUCUAAUCGCCCAGCGGAAGGAAUUGAAAGAGAUUAUUCAGAAAUAUCCGGCCAACUAUCCCUUGGCCGAUUUUAAAAAUGGGGGAGAGGACCUUUGA